CAAUCGAAUGUGCACCUCGUCCUAUAAUAGCUCCUACAUCAUAAAAGAUUAUAUCGGUCUCGAUUUCACCUUUUCAUUUCGAUUGUUGUAUAAUUGCUUUGCAAAUCAUUUUCACGAGUCAUCCCAAUCGCUCAAGCAUUGACAUCGCACUGAAAUCAAUACCCAAAUUGAUACGCCAGUUAUCUUUCUCAGUCGAAUGUGCACCUCGUCCUAUAAUAGCUCCUACAUCAUAACGAGAGAUCAGGUCUCAAUUUUACCUUUUCAUUUUGAUUGUUGUAUAAUUGCUUUGCAAAUCAUUUUCACGAGUCAUCCCGAUCGGUCAAACAUUGAAAUCGCACUGAAAUCAAUACCCAAAUUGAUACGCCAGUUAUCUUUCUCAAUCGAAUGUGCACCUCCUACAUCAUAACGAGAAAUUAGGUUUCGAUUUCACCUUUUUAUUUCGAUUGUUGUAUAAUUGCUUUGCAAAUCAUUUUCACGAGUCACCCUGAUCGCUCAAGCUAAACUUUUAUCAAGGAAAACGCCUGAUCGAAAUUUGGUAUUCGAGAUCCUAUAAGGGCAGCCGAUUGAAACAUAAUCAAGAAAAUGGAACGCUGCGUGAAGACAGAGGAAGAUAACGGGCUAGAAAAUGUCUUCUCACUUUUUGCCAAUGAAUCAACCGGAGAGAUAGGAGUUGAUGACGUCAACAGAGCAUUGAGGUCAUGUGGAUUCUUACCAACAGAAGAAGAAAUCAUAAACAUGAUUCAUGAAGUUACGGGAAAUAAAGAGAAAACUUCCCUGACCUACUCAGACUUUUUAUCACUGAUGAAGGAGGAAGAUUCCGAGCCCGACCUGAAAGACAUGUUCAAGGUUUUCGACAAGCACAACAGGGGAGCCAUCAGUAGUGCAUCGGAUCUACAGGAGGUCUUGGUCGAUUUCGGAAUCAAAGCGAACGACCGCGACGUCGACGAGAUGAUCGAAGAGGUCGAUGAAGAUCUGAACGGACACAUCACGCAUUCAGAAUUCGAGAGAAUCGUGACAUCCCCGUGAAUCCUUCUUUACAUUUGACAAGUGAACUUGAUAUUGGACGGAAUAUUAAAACAACUAAUUACCAAAAUUACAUAAGAAAACUUGCGCUUUUUCACAAUUAUGAAAUUUUUCCCGUUUCUGUAUGGGUUCACUUUAAAAACACUGAGUAAAAUUUUACCCAAUAUUAAGUAAAAAGGGAACAUGCAUGUUUGCUCGGUAUUUGUUUUUUGGUUACCCCAUAUUGGGCUAUUUCACCGCAACAUAAAAUUGCGUAAAUUUACAAAACAUCACCCAACAUGCAUGUUCCCAUUUUACCCAAUAUUGGGAAAUCAACCUUUUUGUUUUUUAGUGUUCACUUCGGAGGCUGGAAGCAUCAUCAGAACUUCACCGUAGAUGGCGUAGUUGUUGUUGCAGGGCGACAGGUAAAACUUCAUGAUUGUGAAAAAGAGAUUUUUUUUCUUUAAAUAGAAUUAAAGGAGAAUGAAACCCUUGAAACCAGCUGAAUCCAUAUCAAAGAGAAAAAUCAAAGAAACAUAUUGUUGAAAGUUUGAGGAAGAUUGGAUGAAUAAUAAGAAAGUUAUGAGCAUUUGAAUAUUGAGAUCACUAAUGCCAUGUAGAUCCUCCCAUUGGCAAUGCGACCAAGAUCUGUGAUGUCACACACGUACAACUUCCUCACUACUUUAGUACUUAUUUCACUUAUAUUCUCACUUUUAUAGAGUCUAUCACAAGUUGAGGUGUUCUCUUUUAAUAUGAGAGGACAAGUACAGAGGUUUCACAACAUUAUAUCAUUGAUGAAUCGUUUGUCAUAUGAUUAGAAUGAGCAAAAAGAGAUGUUUUGGGGUAUAUUUUCAGUGUCCAAAAGGGGAGAGUUGUUCAUCUGUGACAUCAUAGAUCUUGGUCGCAUUGCCAAUGGGAGGAUCUCCAUAGCAUUAGUGAUCUCGACAUUCAAAUGCUCAUAACUCUUCUAUUGCUAGUCCUAUUUUACUCAAACUGUUGUUGAUCUUAUUCUUUGAUUUUUCUGCUUUCACAAAAGCUAACUUGCUCCAAGAGUUUCAUUCUCCUUUAAAUAAAAUUAAUGUCACCGCACCAAUCUGCUCAACUUUUUUUUUUUUUUUUUGGAAAAUUAUUUAAUAACAGAGUUAAACAAUAUAAUUUCAAAUUGCUGCAUCGGAUUUUGCCGUAUAAAGAGAAUUUAGUUCGAUGGAAUAUCACAUCAGACAUGACUUGUAACCAUUGUAAACAAAUUGAAACUCUAGAUCAUGUUUUGUUGCAUUGUCCACAUGUGAAUUUAUUUUGGCAAAAACUACGGUAUUUCAUUAAGAUCCAGUUUAAUGUGAAUAUUCAGAUUAAUGAGAAAACAUUAUUGAUUGGCCACGAUGUUGAAAAUGAAAACAUGGCUUUUCUUAAUGUAAUUUUGGUUUUCGCACAAUAUACGAUUUAUAGAGUCUAUAUGUUGGCUCAGUUCACUUCAAAAAAAUUCAGCUAUUUUUCUAUGUUGUCAGAUUUCAAGAGAGAAUUAGUCAUUAAUUUAAGAUUUCUUGAAAAGAGUAAUAAGAUAAAACUAACAGAAAAACAGUACAACGAAAUCAAAAGCCUGUGAAAUGUGAAACUAAUUGUAUAUAUUGUUUGUGUUUGUUUAUUGAUUUCAAUGUAAAAGAGUAACAUGAUAAAAAUAUCAGAAAAACAGUAUAUUGAAAUCAAAAGGUUGUGAAAUAUGAAACUAAUUGUAUAUAUUGUAUGUGUUUGAUUAUUGAUUUUAAUGUAAUAAAUACCUCUGAUGAGGACAAAAAAAAAAAAAAAAUCUGCUCAACUUUUUCAUAAAACUAUUUACCAAAAUAUCACAUGCAGAGCCAUAAUCAAGGGCAAAUCAUAAAUUCAAAUAAGUGGUUAUAAUAAUACUGUGUAUAAUUCAGACUAAAGACGAGAACAUAACCACGGGUCGUGUGGUCCAGUGGUUAGAGCAUUGGACUCAUAAUUGCAAGGUUGUGAGUUCGAAUCCCGACUCUGCCAUUGUCUCCACUUUGAUAAAAAGGCCCAAGAGUGAUAUCUGUCGUCUAUUACGUCAGCCACUAUGACUGAUUAACCUAGACGUAAAAUGUUUCCAAGGUAAUUGGUUGUAUACCAGCUUGGCGUUUACCAGCAAAAAAUGCUGUCCUGCCGAGUUCCUACGGGAGUUACCACAAACAGAAACAGAAACAGAAACACGAUUACAAAUAAUUGUUUUAAUUUACAAUAAUCAAUCAUUUCAUUUUAAAAAAACAUCUGUUCAUGAGCAAUUUUGUUUCCUCUUCAAUAAUGAAGCUCUGCUCAUUAGGUUGAAUAUUUCGAAAGAAACAUUGUCACAGGAAUUUAAAAAAAUGUUACAAUAUAAUGGAACGAGUAAAUAAAUACUGAAUGAUUUUUGAAUUACCAAAAUGCCUAGAAGUCCACCAAAACCAAAUACAAUCACCUUCGAACUUAUUAUUUUUCACCUUAUUAUUAUCAUGUUUUGAUUGAUAAGAUAAGUGGAUAGCAAAUAAUGGAAAUGACUAUUCUCUGUAAUUUCUUCCAGAAUGUUCUUCCUAUUAAACCUCGUUAAUCUCAAUGAU